AUGGCCGAGACUAUUUCGAGCAUAAUUACCAUCGCAUCGCUUGGGCUCGCCGUCGUCCGAGCAUGCAAAGACUAUAUCGAAGCGGUGCGGGAAAUCGACAUUUUGGUCAGCCGGCUCCUCGAAAAGAUAACAGAGGUGCAUGGGGUUGUACGCGUACUCAACUCGAAGUAUCAUCAAGCUGAGCCCGAUGAUUCCAGCGAGCCGUCGAUUCUGGUACGCGAGAAGAUCACGCUAUGUCGCAAUCGUCUCAGGGAGAUCAAAUCGAAGAUAGCGGACUUGGGAGCUCAAAGUAAAAGCGCGGAGACCUUUCGUGACAAGGCCUCUGUGAAACGAAGAAUGGACGCAAUAGCCAAGGAUAUUGAGUUCGCGGUGGACGACAUUCGACGAUACCUGGGAGAUAUUGUCAUUGUGACUGGAGCCUGCUCAUAUCUUGAAGUCAGCUCCUAUAUUCGCCGCAUUUCCGAGACCGCAGUACCAAGCGUCCGAUCCGACUUCGGCCCCGCGAUUCUCCGUCUCGUCUUCCUCUUCGAGCGCUCCUUUAACACAAUCAGACGACGACGAAAGCAUUCUUCCCAGACCAAUGUACGGCAUUUCGAGACCUAG